CAUACCAGUCGGUGGCGGUAAUGCGCACCAUAAAGUUAUUUGCCAACCGCCAAAAAUAAUACAAGAAGAAGAAGGAAAAGAGACCUCUUCACAACCCUGGUCCGCUUGAACACAUUUUCAUAAAGGCGAGCGGCCUCUUUUGUUUGUGACAUGGCUAACCCUUUAAAGGGUGAAGUUAUCAGGCUGUACAAAACUCUGCUGUAUCUUGGCCGUGAGUACCCGAAGGGAUCAGCGUAUUUCAGAGAGCGCCUAAAGUUCGCUUUUAUGAAGAACAAAGAUGAGACCGACCCAGAGAAAAUCAAACAGCUGGUUGCCAGGGGAGACCACGUCAUCAAAGAGCUGGAGGCCCUUUAUUUCCUCAGAAAAUAUCGUGCCAUGAAGAAGCGCUACUAUGAGCCUGAGAAUUAGGGACAAACAUAUUUUUCGGAAAAAGGACACAUGGAGACGAGAAGGAAAAAACUGCAAUUUCAUAUUGUUCUCUUCAACAUUACAAGAGCUACAAAGUAAGUCUUUCAGUGUAGUCUGCAGAAGACCCCAAAAGUUGAUCUUCAAAGAAUCUAAUUUAUACUUUUUUUUUUUUUUACUAAAAAUGUACCUUUAAAAUUACACGAAUGCAGUUUUUGAGUGGUCUCAACCCUACAGCAUGAUGCUGCCACCACUAUGCUUGACAUAGUACAGUGUUCAUAGGUAUUAAUCCUCCUCUUGGCAUAUUCUGUCAACGUGGCCAAAUUGUUUUUCCAGAGCCAUUCAGUUUGUGCGCUAAAACUUGGAUUCCUGUCAAGCUUGUGUUUUGUUGCAAAUUAUAUUUUCUUUAGAUUCUUAAGAUUAUUUAACUCACCAGCGAUGGACUGGCGACCUGUCCAUGGAAGAAGCAGCUAUAAUAAAUGGAUGGAUAUUUAACUCACAAUCUUGUCUUCUUCAGAAUGUAAUUAUUAGGAUUCAAGGAGGCACGUGGUCUCUACUCUCAAUGGUUUGUUAAACUGAAAUGACAGAGUUUUGUAUAAUGAAACACUUUGAGUAAUAAAGCUGUUCUGUAUUUAACCAUAA